AUGGUUAACAGGAACACCCUCGACUUUGUGCUGCAUAUGCUCCAUGCAUCUGUUUUCCAUGUGUCGUUCCCCUUCUUUCUCAUCCCCCUCAUCAAGAUGUAUGGUUUCACCAACGAGAGUUCAGCCUUCCUGAUGGCGGCGUUCUACGGCGUGCUCCUUUUUGUAGUCAAGAUCGCACUCUGGCUGCACGAGCGUAGUCAGCGCAGAGACGGGAAGGUCGACUGGGAGGACGAGGUUGUUCUUAUCACUGGAGGCGCCAGUGGAAUUGGGUAUCUCCUUGCUGAAAUGCUGGCCAUCCGCCAUAUCACCGUCGUUGUCCUCGAUGUACAUCCCGUCAAGACUGCUCGUAAGCUUUCGCUUCCUGUCCUGCGCCUGUUGGACAUCGAGAGCUAUAUCUGCGACGUGUCAGACCCAGAGGACAUUGCACGAGUCGCCAACGAGAUCAGGGAGGACGUGGGCGAACCAACGAUCUUGAUCAACAAUGCUGGAAUCGUCAGCGGACGAUCGAUCAUGGACCUGUCGAUCGAGGAUAUCAAGCGGACGAUCAAUGUCAACUAUCUGGGACAGGCAUUUACCAUCAAGGAAUUUUUGCCGGAUAUGAUCAAGAACAACCAUGGACACAUCGCGGCAGUGAAAGCAUUCCACGAGACACUUGAGUCUGAAAUCAAGUACGUCUACAAGACUCUAGGUGUCAGGACAACAUUGGUCUGCUGCGGCAAGAUUGAGACAGGAAUGUUCCAGGGGGUGAAGGAGAGGAUGCCGUUUAUCACUCCAACACUCGAGCCCCUUGAGGUUGUUAAGGAGAUCAUCGAGUCGAUGGAGCAGAGGAGGACCCAUAACCAGAUCAUGAUGCCGUUCUAUGUAAACUUUGUGCCGUUGGUGUCGAUCUUGCCGGGAUGGUUCCAGGAUCUUGCGAGGACAGUUAGCGGUGCAGACAAGGCCAUGGAUACCUUUGUUGGCAAGAAGGGCGUUCAGCCUAGGUCUACGUUGCAAGUCGUUGAUGCGUUCCCCGUUGGGGGCGAGUCUAAGGAAGACAAGAAGGCCUGCGAGAUUCCAUCCGCCGAAACUGCCUCUCUGAACUUGUGGUAUACGAGCAGCUUGGAGCCUUCUAUGGUUCCAUCAUGUUCAAGCUCAAGAGCAGAAAACCUGAGGUUGGCUCAGAUCACUACACUGGACGAGGCUAUCGGCGCAAUCAUCCGGUCCAAGAACGGGUUCACAGUUUCAUCUUAUGGAACAGGAACAAUGGUCCGCUUGCCUGGACCAACCAUCGACAAGCCAAAUAUCUACAACUUUGGGACCCCCUACAACGAAGUUUACCAGGAACUGAAAGGGAAAGAUACACAGCUAUACCAAUCGAACGGACUUCUGCUAAUGCUGGACAGGAAUCGCAAAAUCAAAAACUCGCCAGAGCGGUGGCAGGAGAGUCGGCAGGAGUUUGAUGUCAUCAUCACUUGCGAAGAGCGGUGCUUCGACGCUGUCUGCGAAGAUUUGAUCCAAAGAGGAGAAUCGCACAGCAACCCAGUACAUGUAAUCAACGUGGAUAUUAAGGACAACUACGAGGAAGCCAUGGUCGGUGGACGGAUGAUUCUUCACCUUGCCAAGGACAUUGAACAGGCUCGGGACUUGGACCAGGAGAUUCAACCCAUCUUGGAUCGAUUCAAUCAGCGAUACCCUAGCGCACCCGUUCUGCAUUCUGUCUCCUACUUUUGA